GGCUCCGCUCCCGCUCCCGCUCCCGCAGCCGCGGCGCCGCCUCCGCUCCCGCCCCGGCCCCGCUCCCUCCUCCCUGCUCCCUCCCGCCGCCGCCGCCGCAGCAGCACCGAGACAAAAAGCGGCUGGGGCCGGGCUGGGCAGGGCCGGGCAGGGCCGCUCCGGCACCAUGACGGAGACCACCAAGACUCACGUUAUCCUGCUGGCCUGCGGCAGCUUCAACCCCAUCACCAGGGGCCACAUCCAGAUGUUCGAGCGAGCCCGGGACUACCUGCACAAGACUGGGCGCUUCAUCGUCAUCGGAGGCAUCGUCUCGCCUGUGCACGACUCCUACGGCAAGACAGGUCUGGUCUCCAGCCGGCACCGCCUGACCAUGUGCCAACUGGCUGUCCAGUCCUCAGACUGGAUCAGGGUGGAUCCCUGGGAGUGCUACCAGGACACCUGGCAGACCACCUGCAGCGUGCUGGAGCACCACCGUGACUUGAUGAAGAGAGUGACUGGCUGCAUCCUCUCCAACGUCAACACUCCCUCCAUCACCCCUGUGAUUGGCCAGCCACAGAAUGAGUCUUCUCAGACCAUCUACCAGAACAACAACAACGUCUCCAACAAGCCCACUGCUGCAAAGAUCCUGGGGAAGGUGGGAGAAAGCCUGAGCCGGAUCUGCUGCGUUCGCCCACCCAUGGAGCGCUUCACCUUUGUGGAUGAAAAUGCCAACUUGGGGACAGUGAUGAGAUACGAGGAGAUUGAGCUUCGGAUCUUACUGCUCUGUGGCAGUGACCUGCUGGAGUCCUUCUGCAUCCCUGGUCUCUGGAACGAGGCAGAUAUGGAGGUGAUCGUUGGGGAGUUUGGGAUUGUGGUGGUGCCCCGAGAUGGAGCAGACCCUGACCGGAUCAUGAACCACUCCUCCAUACUUCGCAAGUACAAAAACAACAUCCUGGUGGUGAAGGACGACUCGAACCACCCCAUGUCGGUCGUCAGCUCCACCAAAAGCAGACUGGCCCUGCAGCACGGGGAUGGCCAUGUAGUGGAUUACCUUUGCCAGCCCGUCAUUGACUACAUCCUCAAGAGCCAGCUCUACAUCAAUGCCUCUGGCUAAGUGCUGGGGGUCCUGCAGCGAGACAGCCCUCUUGUCCCACCUGCCUACAGCUCUCCAUCACUCUUUUCUCUCUCUCAGUCCGUGUCUCCAUCUCUCUCUCCACCCCAUGGCCUCCUGCCCGUGUCUGCCUCUCACCCCCAGCGCCAACGUUCCAUCGUGCAGCAAUGCCCAGGGAACCAUGAAGGGUUUGGUCUCUGUUCUGGGGGAGAACCACUCUCCCCCUCCUAUGCUGGGAGGGUGGUGGGACCAGCAGAAGAAUGAUGUGCUCAGUGCAUUUGAUGGGAGGUAGCUCCAGCACCCCCCUCCCAGCAUGUCACUGGGAAAUAGCCCCCCUGGUCUGUCCUCCCAGCAUGCUCAGUGCAUCAUCUUAUGGUACUUCAGCUCAAUAAACCUAGGUGGGCUUUUUUUUUUCCUCUUAAAUACAGUUAGUGUGAGCCCUUUGGACUUCUCAACAGGACCACCAAACAAGUCCUGGUUGGCAGUGGGCAGUUGUUACUUGGUGCCCCAUGGCAGGUGAACCUCCUCAAGCUAGCAGUACGCCAACCCAGCCAGCAAAAUCCUCCUCCUGGCCCUGAAAAAUGAUGGAGAGGACAUUUCUGAAGGGGAGCAGAGGCCUUGGCAGGCAUUGUGACCAACACAUGACUAGGGCUUUGUUAUGUCUAACCUUUCCUUGGCCAUAAGUGAACCCAAACCACCCUCUAGACAAGGAGAGUUGGGGCAGUGCUCUACUCUGACCCAGUGUUGGAGCGAGAAGCCCACAGCACCCAGAAAGGGACCUGACAUUGCUGAAGCCAAGAAAAGAGGGAAGAAGCAGCAGGUGGUGACUCUGAGCCUGUGGUGAGAAUUUGCCCCAAGCCUGGCUGUGCUUUGUGGGAACUGGGUCCAGCCCCUUCCUCUAGCCUCCAGCCCUCCACCUCUGUCUGCAACCCUCCCCUCUCCCCUUGCCCAUGCAAAUCUGGUGAGCAGCUGGACGCUGGCAGCUCUGCAGCAGCAAGCAGCUCUGGCCAAAGGAAGGUGGCCUGCAGCCACAGGAUCCCUGCAGCAGGCAGCUAACAACUUCACACCGAGGGCACAGCCUUUCCCAGAAGGGAAAACACAAGACAGCAUCCAUGUGACUUGCCUGAAGGCCAGAAGGGAUCUUUCCUUGCCUAGGAUUGUUUGGGCACUGUUGUAAAUCCUCCAGCUGAAUCCCUGGGUGCCAGCUCUGGUGUAUCCAGGUAGUUGGUAUCCCAUGGGAUGAAGAGAUACAGAGCAGAGAGAGUGGUGAGAGCAUGUGGGGUUUGGAGUGCAGGGAUGCCUCUUCUCCAGGGAGGUCUUCAGCCAGUCUGAGCUGUUUGCUGAGUUCCCUCAGUGGAUGUGCUGGGCAGGUGCCUGUGGUGGGCCACCUCUGUAAGACACCCAAGGUACAUAAGCCAGUAGCCAGACCUCUCUCCACUCCUUGUUUUCAUCUUUUCAGCCUCUCUUCCUCUCCACAUUGACACAGAAGCUGGUUCAGACAGCAGCCUCCUCUCCUUGCUGGCCAUUGAGCUCCAAGCUGGAGGAGCAAAACCAAUGGUAGCAACCAGCCUCCAACACACACAGGAAGACAGAGAGGGAUUUUAACCUCCUGGGGGAGCGAUGCUUUCAUGAAGGAGGAGGGAGGAAAGUGGCUUAAACCCAGGCAAAACCACAGGGAAACAGAGGAGAUGGAGAGGGCAGACAGGCAGCAUGUCCAAAAGCCACCUCAGAUAACAGGAGAUGGGAGGUAGGGGGAGCCAGCUGGCUUCCCACUGCACCCCAUCGUGGCUAGGACAGCAUGCCUCAGCGAUGUGCAGCUGGGGUACAGGCACUGAGGCCACUCUGCCCUACCUGCACCGCGCUGAGUAUCGCUCCCAGUGCCGGGGAGUAGGAUGGGGAGGUAUGGGAUUGUUGGUCCACUCUGGGACUGCUUUGGAAAAUGUCUUUGGGUGGGAAUGGGUUAAAACAAACCAAUCAAUCAUCUCACAUGCCCAGCAGGGGAGGUGAGGAGUGGGGGGUUGCAGGGUGCUGGGGAGGGGUGGAAAGGAGCUCAUGGGUUUUGGUCUUCGAACCUCCGCGCUUAAAUGGUGCAAUCUGCUGAGAAAGACCUGAACUUCCAACACCUCUGGGGAGAAAAAGAAAGGAAAAGGGGGUGGGGGGAGGGGGGAGGGAGGCAGGGAGGGAAAGGGGGGUUGAAGUUACCAUGCCACCAAUUUCAUCUUUGUCAAAAGUUUCAGAGCCUAAUUUCGUUUGUUGGGGGUUUUUGUUUGUCGUUUUGUUCUCUUCUGCUGCUGCCAUAUGAAGAGAAAUGGUCAUUGACAAGGAAAAACGAACAACCCAACCAACCUUUAUCAGCAAAAUGUUUAAAUUAUGUAAUAAACAAACUAAAACAAAA